AUGGUCGCUUGCCCCUACAUCGGAAAUGGCCCCUACGGCACCAGCCCUCGCUCGGCUGCUUCCAGCACCAGCAACGUUGCCGGCGGCGCCAAGCUCGACGCUCAGCAGAUCGAGUCCAUCUUCCAGGACAUGAACAAGUCCCAAGAGUCCGUCUCUGCUGGACCUUCCUCCUCCCGCCGCUUCUCAUGGUUCUCUCGCCAGACCAAGAAGCUCAACCGUCGCAACUCCGACAAGCCUGCUUCCAAGUAA